CGAGCCGAGCCGAGCGGUGCCGGGCCGCGCCGAGCCGAGCCGUGCGGAACCGGGUCGAACCGUACCGGGUCCCGCAGCCCGAUGAAUGGCAUCGCCUUCUGCCUGGUCGGGAUCCCACCGCCCGCGCCGACGCCGGGCCGCAGAGAUGGGGCGUCCCCAAAUGACAACGCGCCCCUGGAGGGGGCCUUUCCUUGGGGGGGCCCGAAGACGGUGGUGCUGCGGAAGAGCACACAGGGAGGGGGGUUUGGCUUCACCCUUCGCCACUUCAUCGUUUACCCCCCCGAGUCGGUGGUGCAUUCCCCCUCCAAGGAGGAGGAGAAUGGGAACCGAGCAGGUCCCACCCGGAGCCGCCUGGAGCCCAUGGACACCAUCUUUGUGAAGAAUGUAAGGGAGGAUGGCCCGGCGCACCAGGCAGGGCUGCGCACUGGGGAUCGGCUGGUCAAGGUGAAUGGGGAUAGCAUCAUUGGGAAAACCUACUCGCAGGUCAUCGCUCUCAUCCAAAACAGUGACAAUGUGCUGGAGCUCUCCAUCAUGCCCAAAGAUGAGGACAUCCUCCAGCUGGCCUAUUCACAGGAUGCCUACCUGAAGGGCAAUGAGCCGUACUCCGGUGGGGCGCAGAGCAUCCCCGAGCCCCCCCCCAUCUGCUACCCACGCAAGACGUACCCCUUCCAGACACGGGGCUCUGAGCCCCCCCCGGGCGCCCCACCGGACCCCCGCUCCCACCACCCCGCCGGCCCCUCAUCCCCGCACAGCACUGCCUACAGCAAAGCAGGGGGCAGCCCCGCACACCGCCCUGAGGAUCCACGCGCCGGGGUUCCCCCGCACCACCACCCCGCAGCUCCCCACGGCCGCCGCAGCGGCUGCCCCGAGCGCUACGGCGUUCUGCCCGCCGCCCCUUCCUGCUACGGGACCCCGAAGCACGUGGCGGAGCACCGGACUCAUUGCGGCCCCCGGGAGGGCAGCACCGCGCGGCCGCCGGGUCGCCAGGAAUGCCAGCGGGCGCUGUCGCGAUGGUUUUGCAGCCAGGAGCCGCGACGCAGCGCCUCGGAGGAGCGCCGGCACGCCAUGCCGCCCCGAUCCCGUAGCGUGUCCCAGGAGAGGUUGGGGGGCUCGGCGCACCCCCGGGGUUGGCCCCAUAGCGCAUCGCACGAUACCCUCCUGCAGCCCAACCGCGAGGCGUGGGCGCAGCACCGGGCGCGCUCCGAGCAUCACCUGGGCAGGUGCGGCCGUUCCAUGGAGGCUCUGGAACCCGCAGCUCUGCUCUCCCCGCGUCUCGACCGCACCGCGUGGCAUCCCGAGAGGCUCUGCAGAGCUACGGCCGCGGGACAGCCCGGCGUGCACGGCUCCUUCGUGCCAUCCUCCUCCUCCUCCUCCUCCUCCCCUCCCCCGCGGGAUCCGGCGGUGCAGAAGCACCCAUCGCAGCCUAACCUGCAGAGCGUGGACGAUUCGGGUUACAUCGGCUACCGCAGCUACAGCCCGUCCUUCCAGCGCCGCACGGGGCUGCUGCACGCCCUGUCCUUCCGCGACCCGACCUUCGGCGGGCUGCCCACCUUCAGCAUCGCGCACACGGCGGCCCCCGCCGCCCCUCCACCGCCCCCCGAAGCUCCCCGGGAGCAGCGCACGGAGAGCAGCCGUGCGGAGGAGCGACGCGAGGAGGUGGUGCUGCGGCAGAAGCCCCCCACUGGCCGAAAGGUGCAGCCCCCGCUGCGGCAGAUGAACUUUGUGUUCGCUGGGAGGGGGAAGGAGACGGACAUUUGUGACCCCCCCGCAGCCAGCAGCAGGGAGGAGAGGUCUGUGGGCGAGCACUCGGGCCGGCGUGUGGCCCCGUUAGCAGCCCCCGAGGACUCGCUGGCGUCCAUCCCCUUCAUUGAUGAGCCCACCAGCCCCAGCAUCGACCUGAAGGCCAAGCACAUCCCCGCCUCCUCCGUUGUCUCCAGUGCCAUGAACUCAGCGCCUGCAGUGGCCACCAGCCCCUCCUCCUCACCCACCUUCGCCUUCGCCCUGAGCCGGCACUACUCACAGGACUGCAGCAGCAUCAAGGCCGGCCGCCGCUCCUCCUACCUGCUGGCCAUCACCACCGAGCGCUCCAAGUCGUGUGAUGAUGGGCUGAACACAUUUCGGGAUGAGGGGAAGAUCCUCAGGAGGAUGCCCAGCCGGGUCCCCAGCCUCCGCAUGCUGAGGAGCUUCUUCACUGAUGGGUCUCUGGACAGCCUCGGUACGUCUGAAGACACCCGCUCCAAACGGCACUCCACCUCUGACCUGUCGGACGUCACGUUCAGCGACGUCAGGAAGGAGGGCUGGCUGCACUACAAGCAGAUCCUCACCAAAAAGGGGAAGAAAGUUGGCGGAGGCCUCCGGCAGUGGAAGCGCGUCUUCGCGGUGCUGCGCACCCACUCGCUGUACCUGUGCAAGGACAGGCGGGAGGCGGUGAGCUGCGGCCCGGCCCCAGGUGAGGAGGAGCAGCCGAUCAGCAUCCGAGCGUGCCUGGUGGACAUCUCCUACAGCGAGACCAAGAGGAAGCACGUCUUCCGCCUGACGACCGCUGACUUCUGUGAAUAUCUCUUUCAGGCAGAGGAUCGGGAAGACAUGCUGGCCUGGAUCAAAGUCAUCAGGGAGAACAGCAAGGCUGAGGGCGAGGACCCCGGUUUUGCCAGCCAAGCACUUAUCAACAAGAAGCUCAACGACUAUCGGAAAGUGAGCCCGGCGGGUGCCAAGCCCGACUCCUCACCCAAGGGCUCCCGUGGGCUGGGGAUCAGAGCCGAGUUCCUGAAGCAGACGGGAACCAGUGCACCCCGAUCCCCGAGGCAGGAUGCGGCCGUCACCAAAGAUGAAAGCAGCUCCCAAAAAGCCCCUUGGGGCAUUAACAUCAUGAAGAAGAACAAGAAAUCUGCCCCUCGAGCCUUUGGUGUGAGGCUGGAGGACUGCCAGCCUGCCCCAGACAACAAGAACAUCCCCCUGAUCGUCGAAGCCUGCUGCAAGGUGGUGGAGGACCGUGGCCUGGAGUACAUGGGCAUCUACCGUGUGCCUGGGAACAACGCUGUGGUGUCCAGCCUGCAGGAGCAACUUAACAAAGGAGCCACUGAGAUCAACCUGCAGGAUGAGCGCUGGCAGGACCUGAACGUCAUCAGCAGUCUGUUAAAAUCCUUCUUCCGAAAGCUGCCUGAGCCCCUCUUCACCGAUGAUAAAUAUAAUGAUUUCAUUGAGGCCAACCGGAUCGAGGAUGCCAGUGAGAGGAUGAGGACACUGCGGAAGCUGAUCCGGGACCUGCCAGGGCACUACUAUGAGACACUCAAGUUUCUGGUGGGUCACCUGAAGACCAUCGCAGACCACUCGGAGAAGAACAAGAUGGAACCCCGAAACCUGGCGCUGGUGUUUGGCCCCACUCUGGUGAGGACAUCUGAGGACAACAUGACAGACAUGGUGACACACAUGCCCGACCGCUACAAAAUCGUGGAGACCCUCAUCCAGCACUCAGACUGGUUCUUCAGCAACAAGGAGGACAAGGGUGAGAAGACCCCGGUGGAUGAGAAGGAGGCUCAGUCCGUGCCCAACAUUGAAUACCUGCUGCCCAACAUCGGCCGCACCGCAGCGCCCGGCGAUGCCCCAGACUCGACCCACAGCGGCUCCGCCAAACUGAAGGGCACGUGGCCGUCGCGGAAGGAGCCGUCGCCCCGCGAGCUCCCGGCCAUCCCCUUCAUCUCCGCCGUCGCCCGCAAGAGGAAGAAGUGGCGUGAAGCCGAAUGCUUCGGCAGCAGCACCGACGACGACGCGGAGCACAGAGAUACGCGGGGCCGGGGGCAGGAGGAGGGCGCGGCCACCGCACCGGGACCCGGCGGAACCCCACGCACCGGGAAGGAGAACGCCGUGGAAACCGGCGGUACCGGGCAGGAACCGGCAGCGGACGCCCGCUCCAUCGUGUCGGGAUAUUCCACUCUAUCCACCAUGGAGCGAAGUCUGAGCUCCGAGGUGCAGUCGGUGGCCGAAAGCCGCGGGGAGGAGGCGGAUGAUGAGCGCAGCGAGCUGAGCCACGCGGAGACGGACACGGAGAGCCGCGCGGGGCCGGGGGGGGCGGCAGCUGGGCUGGGGGGCGGCGAUAGGGCAUCACCCGGCCGGCCCUCCUUCAGUUCCCACCGCCUCAUCCAAUGCGAUACGUUGGCACGUAGGAAGCUGGGUAGGGCGCGGCCGGGGGGGGACAACCCGCUGCCCACCGGAGACGCCGCGCUGCCCGUCGGGGAUCUCGCCCUGACCGUCACAGACGGCGCUGGGGGCGGUCGGGUCCCCCCGGUGCGGCCGUCUUUGCGGGAACAGCUCCGGCAGCGGCUGCGGGGCUCUGCGGAUGAUGCGGGGGUGCGACUGCGGAGGACCCCCUCCCCGGAGACCCGGCGUAGGAAGAGCCGUUGGAGGCGGCACACGGUGCUGGUGCUGCCCGGCGGUAUCACCGACCUCAAUUGCAACGAAUGGAAGGGGUCGAGGGGGGGGCUGGCGGUGACCACCGGACCGUUCCGCGAUCCGGAUUCCGGGCUCAGCAGCCUGGAGUCCACCAAAACCCGGCCCGUGGUUCCCGACCCCCCCGGCACCGGGACCCCCCCGGGCAGCCCCAGCCCCGCCACCCCCCUACGCUUCCCUCAGUGUCUGUGACCUCCUGGGGCUGCUGCCGAUUCCCCCCUCCCCCUCCGCUCCCCUUCCCCUUCCAGCUUAUGGGGUGUUGGGGGGGUGGUGGUGGGGGGCACAGAGUUUAAUUUAAGGACUCGCCUUUGUGCUUGUAUUUAAUUGUGCUGUUAUUUAACUCUCUCCCUAUGGCCCCGGUGCAGCCCCAGGAGGGACGAAGCCACCUUGUCCCCCCAACCCCA